AGUCAGUAGGCUUCGGGUAUUCAUGUCACUGGUGUUUCUCCUUUCGUUGGCACUUGCUAACAAAUCUUAAAAUAACACACAUGAAAAAAUCAGUUUCGUCAGUUGUAUUUCGCUAAAAAAAAAUAACUUUUGAAAACUGCUAAAUUGCCCAGAGCCAUUGGAGUGCUUUUUCCGCGACACACAAACAAUAAGUACAUCAAUCAAAUAGACCAAUAAACACGAAACAAGUAGCACCAACCUAGAGCUACACAUACGGACACCAUAAUGUCGUACCAGAUCAAAUCAACGCCGUUUUUCCGGCGGAUGUUCAACAACAGCAAAAAGAACGGACAGUUGCAGAAGUUGCGGGACGAGUACGAAAGGAUCCAGGAGUUCAACGAUCGCACCCUCGAGAUGAAGAUGCGCGACCUGCGCCUCAAGCGGCUCUUCCGCGAAAUCGAGGAAAUGAAGGAGGGGGCGGGUGGUGCCGAUGCUGAUCCGGGCACUAAAGCUGCUCCAGGUGCUGGUGGUACUUCAUCUCCAUCCUCGCGUGCCAGGCGAUCCCACGGCGGAGAUGGACGCACUCUCAACCGGCGCCACUACUCGAUGGGGAACAGUCUGCGGGAGCAACGGAUCCACGACCUUCGCGUGGAGACCCUAACCCGUGCACGGGAGCUGGGCAAGGAGAUCUCGCGCCGGAAUGCUCUGAUGGCCGAGGCCGGAACCGGGAGAUUCCUGCGUAGCGAGAUCCGGCUGACGGCCAAAAUGCAGGCGGCGGAGGACGCCCGUCGGGAUGCCGACGAUCGCCGGGAACGGGCCGCCAAGCGCAUCUCGUACGGCAACGACAUGUCCCGCCAGAACAUCCAGCGGCUGCUCCUUAGUCGCCAGCGGCGCCUCCUCGGCGGCAGUCGCUCCCCGGCGGGCUUUAAUGAGGUGCCCCACCACCUGGACAUGAGGCCAAUCUUUCCAAACUUUCCUCUGAACUUCAAUCAACUGCGGGACGAGCAGGAAGAGGCGGACGCACUGGAGGCGCAGCCCUCAUGCUCCACCAUUGAGGAGGAGCCCCCAAUGACGUCCGAGGAGGAGCGGGACAGCGAGGAGCGUCGGAUUCGAGAGCUUCGCAACCGGAAUCCCGAAUUGGCCGCAGAGCUCGAGCGCCGGCGGCGGCGACGGCAGGAGGACGACGAGGCCGAGGAGGAGGAGCAGCUGCAGCGGCGGCGACGACAACUCCGCCACGAGGACACCUCGCCCCUCCGGCUGACCCGCAUCUCGCUCAGUUCGAUCGGAAAGGAGAAUGGUAUCAUGAACGCCAGCAGCGCCGCGGCUACAGCAGGCACCUCGCCAAUGGAUCUGAGGUGUUCCUAUCGAGAGCAGGACGAUGCCUCCGCGGACUCCGACCAGGAGAUGCACACCGCACCGCUGGCCAACGAGGAUCGCCUCGAAGAAUCCCGAUGUGCGCUCAUCUCGUUUCGCCAGCCGCCGCGGGGAGUGCCCAAAGUGAGGGAUGCUGAAAACGAAAACGAAUCCCUGGACGCGCUUAACAACUGGCACAAGAUUUCGCUGAUGCUGCCCUGGUUCAAGGCCUUUCCCGACCUCAAGUCGUCGCCCACCCUCCGGAUGGGCACCGAUGACGCGACGAAUUGCGAGCGAGUGGCGCCAGCAACUGGCGCGGAUCCCAUGUACUCCAACCAGUUUGGCGAUGCCGACGCCCACGACGAGCAGGAGAUGGAGGAGCAAUCGUCGCCGUUUCCGCCGCCCGACCGCGAGUUUGUGCUCUCCACCUUCGAGUUCGUUGGGAUUAGAGAGCGAUAGAAUUCGGUAGCACUCUCCACGUAUUCUAGAGAAGAAGAGGGGAACCGAACCUCCAGGCGCCUUUCGUAGCUACAAAACCAUUUUUUAGCACCAUCCGCAGUCUUUGGCAAAAAAUGUGCUUUGUAACUGCAUCGAUACCCCGACGACUUCAAAUGCCAACAAGCAAAUCGUUUAAAUAUUUUUCGGCAAGAAAAAGUACUUUUCCCUGUUUUUCAUUCGGUAAAUAAAUUCUGUGUAAUAGGAUAGAAAACACUUUGA